AUCAGCCCAAAAAUCGCGGCUUUGGCUGUCUGCGCCAAUAUCGCUGCCUUCCGCGGCUCUAUAAUACGCUCAGACAUUCAUAAAUCACAGCGCUGCAACGUGAGAGCACCGCGCUGCAAGCCGCAUAGCUUUUAAGCAGCAGCCUCGCCUCGCCGACGCCGCGCGCCGCCAUGUCGCUCUUCGACACGAAGGCCACGAACUGGGGUGAUGAUGAAGACGAAGAAAAGAAGGACGCCAGCAAGCUAAGCGCAAAUGCACCUACAUUCUCCUUCGGCGCGCCCCCACCAGCGGCGGCGGCCCCCACAACCUUCAGCUUCGACGCGCCCAAGGAGCCCGUGAGAACAGCGACGGAGCGCACGACGUCGAACCAGUCGUCCGUUGGUGGUAUUACUGAAACUUUAUCAAAACAAGCUGUAUCAGUAGUGGAAACGGUACAAACGGCCGAGGGCGACACGAUUCAAGUGCAGCGCGCCGACGGCGCCGCGGCGCUCGUGGCCGCGCGGACCUGGGAGGAGCUCAAUCUGGAUCCGGCGUUGCUGAAGGGCGUCUACCUGGCGAACUUUGCCAAACCCUUUAAGAUCCAGGAGGCGGCCUUACCUUUGAUUUUAGAUGGGUUCAAGAAGACGCCGGUGCGCGAGAAUUUGUUGGCGCAGGCCAAGUCCGGGUCGGGCAAGACGGCGGCCUUUGCGUUAGGGAUGUUGCAGAAUGUUGACCUGACGAAGCCUCAUGUCCAGGGGCUGUGUGUCUGUCCUACGCGGGAAUUGGCCACACAGAACGCCGCGGUGGUGCGGUUGAUCGGGAAGACGCUGGUGGAGGAGAAGGGUCUCGUAGUUGCGUUGGCUCUGUCGGAAGGUCCCUCAGGAGGUAGGGGACGGGGCGGUCGCGGUCGAGGCCGAGGAGCAAGGCAGGAGCCGAUCAGAGGUCAUAUUGUCGUAGGGACACCGGGCCGGACGCUCCAAUUGAUCAAAGCGCGAGCGUUAGAUACGCGGGGCAUCAGUAUGUUAGUCCUUGAUGAGGCGGACGAAAUGGACGCGAGGGGUCAUAGGGAUGAUACCCGAUCAUUGAGGAAAGCCUUACCGGACGCCUGCCAGGUCCUUUGUUUCUCGGCUACCUACACCGAUGAAGUGGUCAAAGACAUCGAGACGUCGGUCUUCAAGCGGCACCCGUCCUCGAAAGUACUCAUCGCGGCCACCGAUGAAGAUAGAUCAGCAUUAAUGGUCCACGAGAUUGCUCAUGUGUGGUGCGACGCGAAGGAGCACCCCCAGGGCAAGAUUGGGAUCGUGGAGGACAUUUAUGAUUUACUGUCAGCACAACAAUCGAUCAUUUUUGUGAACACUCGAAAAGACGUGUCGAGCAUCACGCAAGUGCUCAAAGCAAAAAACUUCUCGGUGGAGGAUUUGACGGGUGGUCGAGGAAGUACGGGCAUGGACGCGAACGAACGCGAUAGAGUGAUGGCGGCGUUCCGCGAUGGCAAGGUCAAAGUACUUAUCACGACAAAUGUCAUCGCUAGGGGUAUCGAUGUCCCAGGAGUGAAUAUUGUCAUAAACUACGACUUGCCCGUGGUCAUUGAUUAUAGCAUACCGCGCGGCGCCUCGCAAAAGCCGCCGGAGCCCGACUCCGAUACUUACAUACAUAGGGUGGGCCGGACGGGUAGAGCGGGCGCUCGAGGUGUAGCCAUCAAUCUGGUGGACCAAGCUCAAUCAAAUAACCAGGACCUCGCCGUUUUGGCAGCGCUGGAGACGCGGUGCUUCGGCGCCCAAAAAGCGCCGUGGACGAUGAUCCAGAAGGUGCCCGACGCGUCGGACGUCGAGGCCAUCAAGGACAUGGUGCGGAAGAAGAUGGCCUCUUCUUCUUCGGAUAAGUAGAUUUUAGCCUA